AUGCCGCCACCUCCAAGAACUAAACUUGCCCUCACCCACAACAUCACCCCUGUCACUGCCCUCGCUUUCUACCGUCCUCCCCCAACGAAUCGGUCUCCUGUCACCUACCUCUACCACACCUUCAAAAAUGUCCUCCUCCUCUCCGGCGAGGACUGUUUCCUCCGGGUGUACGACAUUAGCACCUCCCGGCUGCUGGGCGAAGCGCGCCUGUUCGAGGGGCAGCCGAUCCACGGGCUAUAUGUCCUGCCGCCAUACCUGCCGGAGAUUAAGGAAAAGAUCCCAACACAGACGACGAUCUACGCAGGCGGAUAUGUCCUCGCCUGGGGAGGGCGUUGCGUCACGCUGCUGAGCAUACGCGACGUACUUGCUCUUACGGAAGGCCGGCCGCUGGAGAGGGAGUUGGAAGUGUACACGGCGCCGGACUGGAUCUAUGAUGGGAUUUUGUGGCCGUAUAAGAGUGAUAUGGGUUUAAUGAGGGCACAGGGUGCGCUGGUAACGGCGCAUAAUGAGGUUAUUCAAGUCGGCGUGAUAUACGAUGACUUUGUCCUGCUCAACCCGCCAAGGCACUUAUUCUGGGCUUGUCCACAGCUGACAUCGCCUUCGAGGCCGAUCCUUUAUUCGGCGAGUUUGUGUUUUCUGCAGAAGGGUGUCGUUCUGGUUGCUGGGGGGACCGUGUUUGGCGAGAUUAUUUUGUGGAAGUAUUGUUGGGAUAGUGAGAGUCCGGUGAUUAAGACCAGUGCGGAGGUGUUGCAUGUCUUUACGGGGCAUGAGGGAUCUAUCUUUGGCGUAGCGAUCUCCCCGCCGAUAGUUACUCCCAAAGGGGAGAAGAUUAGGCUGCUUGCCAGCUGCAGCGAUGAUCGGACGGUGAGAAUAUGGGAUGUCACUGAGCGGGAUGGAUGGCAGUCUACGGGUGGGAAUGAUACUCAAAAGGUGUUGAUCACCCCAAGAGAGACAGGCUUUGGCGGCGACCGGUCCGAGGCCGACGUCAGCAAGGAUAAAUCGCGUUGUGUUGCUGUCGCCAUGGGCCAUGUCUCAAGGAUAUGGCACGUUAAGUUCGGGAGGACGGAUACCUGGCCUGUGGAGGUAUAUUCGUUUGGAGAGGAUGCCUCGCGGCAGAGGUGGGAGUUGAGCCUAGAUUCUUCCACGGAGGGCCCGCUACAGGGGACAUUAAAGAAUUGUGGGGGCGAGACGGCGCAUACGGGAAAGAAUAUCUGGUCUGUGACAGUGCAUGCACCGAUGUAUGAGGAGCCCCUGAUUGCGACGGGAGGGGCGGAUGGGAGGAUCGUGGUUACGGGUCGGUUGAGGGAGUACGAGGAGGAGAAGCAUGAUGAUGAUGAUGAUGAUGAUGAUGAUGAUGAUGAUGAUGAUGAUGAUGAUGAUGAUGAUGAUGAUGAUGAUGAUGAUGAUGUUGAUGUUGAUGUUGAUGAGGAGGAGGAGGAGGAGGAGGAGGAAGAGCAACAACGACAAAAGCCGUUCGAAGAUCUGGACUUGAGUCUCACGUUGGAUGAGGUCUUCCAGAGCUUGCCAUCUGGCACCCAACCCGCGGAGCCAUCGACCACAAAAAAUGUGAAGCACGCCUUUCAUCGGUAUGCCUUCCUCUCGGACAAGAGGCUCAUGGUGACCACUUCAAUCGGCCGGUUGCUGCUCGCCAAGCUGGGGGACACCCUUACCUGGGAGGAGGUUCCCCUGCCGGAGGAGAUUGUUGCUGAUCUACGGUCAUACAACAUCAUUAAGACCCCUCAAGCUGCGAAGGACACCGCCCUGCUGGGGAGUGCUUCUGGCAAGAUAUAUCUCUACCGCGAGGGGCUGGCAGUUCGUCAGAUCGCGCAGUUCCCGAACAAGAUCUCAGAUAUUGUGUUACUCGACCCUGCGCCAGUCAGCCGGUCAACUGGUGCCCAGCCGCGCCCCUGGAGCGUGGUUGUCACGAUCCUAGCCUCUGACCACGCCGUGCUGCUGCACUAUGACCCCACGGCUGACACAGCAAUCGUCGACGAGCGAAAGAUUCUCCUCCCGGAGCACUACAUCGUCACAGCGGCGUGCUUCCUCACCCCCGAGACCCUCAUCCUCGGCUCGAGGACUGGCUCAAUCACCAUGCUCACGCCGGACCCUACUACAGGGCACUUUACUUCCGUUCUAUCCCGGAAAGACUGCCGAACCAAGGACGCUGUCACAACCAUCCUCCCCCUCCCCAGCAGCGAAACGAUCUUCCUUACCACCUGCCGCGACGGCCGGUAUAGGAUCUACAGCUACGUUAGUGGUAAGCUUACGCUGCGGAACGAAACCGCCGCGCCCAUGACUACAUUGGAAGGGGCAUUCUUUACCACCGUCCCUUCUGAAGAGAAAGGGAAGACGAGGAGGCAAAAAAGUGACCUCGUCCUCCUAGGCUUCCACAAAACCCUCUUCCAAUGCCUCUCCACCUCCAGCUCAAACAGCUUGUUGGCCUCAGUAGAGUGUGGCGGUGCCCAUCGCCCAUUCGCCGUGCUUGCGCGGGCGGACAAGCCAGAGCAAGUGAGGUUGGUUUUUCCCCGGGCAGGAAAGCUAUGUGUUUGGUCGCAGAGUGGGGGGUCUGAUAAGGGUGAGGGAACGACGGGUAAAGGGAAUGGAGGACCGGGAGUGGGAGGCAGAUGGGUUGUCCGUGCUGGGGGGCAAGGAAGGGAGAUUAAAGCUUUGGCGUCGACGUAUGGUGGUGGGAGAGAGGAAGACGAAGAAGAGGUGAUGGUGGUGACAGGAGCAGAGGAUACCAGUUUGAGGGUGUGGCGUCUCAAACCACGGACUCAACCAUCCGACAACCCUGACAAGAAAGGGGGCAAAGAUAAAGAGGAGGAGGAGGAGGAGGAGGAGGAGGAGGAAGAGGAGCAAAUGGAAUGCGUCGCCAUCGUCCAAGGCCACUCAGCGGGUAUCCAAGCCGCGAAAUGGUUCUCCUUCCCCUCCGUGACCCCUUCCCAACCCCAAUCUUCAGAGAAAGCCUCAGAGCCAAAAGAACGCUACCUUCUAACCUCCGCCGGUUCAGAGGAACUCUUCGUUUGGCGGGUGAGCACCAUUUCCUCGCAAAAAUACUCCACGACCGCCGUGGUGCGGGAAGCAAUUUGGUCUGAUCCGACAGAACCCAACUCAGACAGGGAUCUUAGGAUCGUUGAUUUUGAUAUCGCUGCCUGGCCGUACAAUCUUGAAUCUAGCCCGGAAGGAGGGGAGAGAAAGUCGGGACGGAUGUUGAUUACCAUGGUGCUGUCGGAUUCGUCGGUGAGGGCGUUUGUUUAUACGCCUCCUCCUCCUCCUCCUCCUCCUCCUCCGGUUGCUGCUGCUGCUGCUGCUGCUGCUGCUGACGACACCUCGAGUUUGGAGGCCAGUGGAGAGGAAGCUUCUCUCCCUCCUAAGGGCAGAGGGAGAGGGACAGGGAAAGGCAGAGGGACGGGGGGAACGUUCACUCCGUUAGCGAGGGCAAGGUAUACGGGGGCGUGUCCAACUCAGAUCCGGCAUCUGAUGGUCCAGAAGGUUGAGGGGAAGAAUCAGGAUGAGCAGGUGACGCUCCACGUCCUGACGGCAUUCACAGACGGGAAUGCUGCUGUGUGGACGGCUACAGCAGCGCCCUCGCCUGUGACGACACAAGACGGGGAGCAGAGUCAAUUCCAGCCCCGUCAGAGGGUGUUCCGACUUGCGGUGGCGGUUAAGCUGCACCAGAGCAGUAUCAAGAGCUUGGAUCUGGCUGAAUCGCCUGCUAAGGAGGGUAGUACAAGGUGGAAGGUCGUCACGGGAGGGGAUGAUAACGCGCUUAUCUUUUGUGAUUUGACGCUUACCCCGGAGGGGAGCUACGCUGUCCUGUCCAGGCACCGGAUUGCCUCUGCACAUGCAGCUGGUAUCACGGGGGUGUGCAUCACCAGUCAUUCUCAGGAAGAUGCAGUUGAAGCCCUCGAGGUUGUGACGGUGAGCAAUGACCAGAGGAUUAAACUCUGGCGGGCCGAGUCUUCACUUCAAGAAGAGGACCACCAAAAGUUGAAGUUGAACGUACAGUUACUGGAGAAUAAGUACAGCGGGAUUGCAGAUGCGGGCGCGGUGGAAGUCGUUGACAAGGGAAGGGUCAUGAUUGCUGGAGUGGGGAUUGAAGUUUGGGAUUUGGUGAGGGAUUGA